AUGAGCAUCCACUCAGCGCAGCCGAAUAGUACACUUCACGAACCAGACUCGUCUUUCAUCCCACAUAUUUUAUUGUUCGCAAUUCAGUUUGUCGCCCUCGCUUCGCCCCCCUUUCGAGGCCGCCGAACACUAUUCAGCACUGCGAUAAUUAUUUUAGCAGUUCAUGUGCAUAUUCAUCCACAUUUCACAAACAAUGUUGCAUUGGCUCAACCAUUUACAAUUGCUUGGUCAUACUAUAUGAACACCUUAGCGAAGCUUCUUUUUUCGCAUAAUCCCGGACCAGAAUUCAAUUACUGGCGUAUGGACCAACCGCCGCGAGAGGCUCUGUCUUAUACGGCCUUCAGUGCAAAGAAGAUCCUAUGGGCGAUAACGCUGGUGUUCAACCAACGAGGGAUUCCCUGGAACUUUCAGAUCAAGCAUGUCCCUUCGGCCUCAACAACGAAAAGAGCGAGUUUUCUUGCUAAGCAAGCAUUUGAAUUUCUGAAGUGCUUCUUCAUUGCUGAUCUUCUCUUUGAGCUCAAUACGAGGCUCUUUACCCCACCCGACGGACGUGUUGGAUGGGUCGACAGCCAGAAUCUCACACUCCGUCAUCCCGAUUUCCGGUGGAAUUUUGUGAAGGCUUUUGUAUUUGGCGCGACUCCCUAUUUUAUGCUCAGCAUGCAGUAUGCUCAAUUUGCAUUUUUUGCUGUCUUGUUUCGUCUCAGCAAGCCAGAGGUAUAUUACCAUAGGUCGUUUUGAUGUCUUUAUCUAACAGUAACUUAGGACUGGCCACCGCCAUUCGGUCGCCUUGCCGAUGUGACAACAGUCCGACACUUCUGGGGGAAGUACUGGCAUCAACAGUUGCGUUCCGUGAGUUUCCAUCUUAAAUGGUUUUCUAAUUUUUGGGCUGAGAAAUGUCUAUGCAGAUGCUUAUAUCCUAUGCCGACGCUUUGGCAAGCGCACUUCAAAUUUCCAAAGGUACCACUCUAUCGUCGUACAUGAAACUGUAUGUGGCAUUCGGUAUAUCCGGUGCCUUUCACGCCCUUUCACAGAUGAAGAUGCCAUGUUCCACAAAUAUCACACCAGUUGAGCGGACAUUCGGCUUCUUUCUUUUCUUUCUGUGGCAAAUGGCUGCUAUCACUGUAGAAGACCUCGUACAAUGGGCUUAUCAGAAGAUUGGAUUCGAUAUAUACUCGAGAGACUCAAUGGCUUUCCGCACUUUGACGGGUUAUGUAUGGGUAGUUGCAUCGUUCUGGGUCUGUUUACCUCUUGUUGGAGAUACUUUCUUGAGAAUGCGCAUAGGGGUUGUUUCACUUUUGCCAAUUAGUGUGAUGAAGCCAUUCGUCGAGAUGUACGUGCCUAUACCUCCGUAG